AUGACUUCAGAUUUGGUGUUAACACACUACGACCCUAAAAAAACCGGUAAAAGUUGCAUCGGACCCUUCACCCUAUGGGCUAGGGCAGUACUGUCACACACAUUCGCAGAUGGAUCAGAAAGACCUAUUGCUUUUGUUUCCAGGUCAUUAACGAGAGCGGAGCGGAACUACGCUCAAAUUGACAAAGAAGCACUGGGGAUUGUUUGGGCGGUGAAGAAGUUUCACGCAUAUUUAUUUGGGAGAACUUUUACACUGGUGACUGAUCAUCAGCCCUUGGUGUCCAUCUUUCACCCUCAGAAGGGAAUCCCAAUAACAACGGCAGUAUGGCUACAAAGAUACACCCUAUUUCUUGCGGGGUUCCAGUACCAAAUCAAAUACAAGUGCACUAAGGGUCAUGGCAAUGCUAAUGAGCUAUCUCGUCUUCUGACCAAGCAGAUGCAUGUAGAGGAAGAGGAAUACGAUGCAACACAUGUGUUUCUAAUGUCGCAAAUUGAUAAUUUACCAUUGACCAGCGACGACAUUAAGAGAGAAACCGUUAAGGAUAUGACAUUGUCAAAAGUGUUUGAUGCAGUAAUGAGAGGUUGGUCAACACUGGUAUGUAAGGAACUGACACCUUUUUACAAUAGGAGAACAGAACUGUCAGUUCAUCAAGGAUGUCUGAUUUGGAGAAUUAGAGUCAUCGUUCCAGAGAAGCUAAGGCAAAGAGUAUUAGAAGAAAUUCAUGUAGGACACAUGGGCGUGGUUAAAAUUAAAUCGCUCGCCAGAAGUUUUGUAUGGUGGCCUGGUAUCGAUCAUGAACUAGAGGAAGUUACAAAGCGAUGUACCGGAUGCCAGGCUAACAGAAACAUGCCUAUAGCAGCCCCAGUCCAUCCAUGGGAGUGGCCCCAAAGACCAUGGAAAAGGGUGCAUGCAGACUUCGCAGGACCAUUUGAGGGGAAAAUGUUCCUCCUCUUAGUGGACGCACAUUCUAAGUGGCCAGAGGUGAUUGAAAUGUCAGCAACCUCAAGUGAACAAACCAUUGAAAUAUUGAGGAGUGUAUUUGCGAGGAAUGGGUUGCCAGAACAGUUGGUAACGGACAAUGGUCCGCAGUUUAUCGCACAUACAUACAAACGGUUUAUGGAAGCCAACGGCAUUCGACAUACAACUUCUGCCCAGUAUCAUCCAAGGCCUGGUGGAACGGUUCGUUCAAACCUUUAA